AUGUCUAAAUCACCAAUACCAACAGUGAAAGGACAAAUAUUUGAGUUAGGACCAAGGUUUGACAACGUUCAGUAUGUUGGAGAAGGUGCGUAUGGGAUCGUUGUAUCGGCGUUUGAUUGUCAGCGUAAUGAAAAAGUGGCUCUGAAGAAAGUUUCCCCAUUUGAACACCAGACAUACAGUCAAAGAACGUACAGGGAAAUCUGGAUACUUAGUAGAAUGGACCAUGAAAAUGUUGUAAAAAUCCAUGAUAUUAUAACGUCAAACACAUUUGAAGAGAUGAAAGAUAUCUAUAUUGUUGAAUGUUUCAUGGAAACUGACCUGUGUCGCUUACUAAAGACACAAAAAUUAAGCAAUGAUCAUAUUUGCUACUUUUUAUAUCAAAUGCUUAGAGGCCUCAAGUACAUACAUUCUGCAAAUGUUCUUCAUAGGGAUCUUAAGCCAUGCAACAUCUUGUUGAAUGCAGCGUGUGACUUAAGAAUCUGUGAUUUUGGUUUAGCUCGUAUAGCUGAUCCAGAAUCAGAACAAUCGGGUACAUUAACAGAGUAUGUGGCUACACGUUGGUAUCGUGCACCAGAAAUAAUGCUUACAUCGAAAUUAUAUACUAAAGCAAUUGAUAUUUGGUCAAUUGGUUGUAUUAUGGCUGAAAUGCUUAGUAAUCGUGUUCUAUUCCCUGGAAAACAUUAUAUUGAUCAAUUAAACUUGAUAUUACAAGUUUUAGGUUCACCAUCAAAAGAAGACUUUGAAACAAUUGUAAAUCUUAAAGCUCGUGCCUAUUUAGAAUCAUUGCCACAUCGUACAAAAGUACCAUGGAAACAAUUAUAUCCAUACGCUAGUGAAUCAGCGCUAGAUUUAUUGGACAAAUUACUAUGCUUUGUUCCGUCACGACGUAUAACAGUUGAAGAUGCCUUAGCUCAUCCAUAUUUAGAACAGUACUAUGAUCCAACAGAUGAACCUGUCUUUGAACGUCCAUUUGUUCAACAACCAGAUAAUUUUCCUAAAGAAAAGUUGAAAAUUCUUAUAUGGGAAGAAAUUCAACGAUAUCGUAAUAAUAAAACUAUCAAUGAUCUAGUUUAUAUUAAUAAUACAAACGUUGAACAUAUAGAUCAUCAAUCAGAUAAGUUGGUUUCAGAUGGUACAAUAACAUCAGGAAUUAUACCAGUCAAUCAACAACAACAACAACACCAACCUUAA